UUGAACUAAAAGCACCAUGGCUGCAUUCCACCGCCGACUUCUCUGGCUCCUCGGUGUUACUUUGGUUUUGGCUGAAGUCAAUUCCAAUGAGAACGCAUUCUAUACAGCUGGUGUGGUGGAGUAUCGACCGUCGAUUAUGGGUGGCACUUCGGAUCAGCUGUUGGAGGCGAAUCUGGCUAGUUAUCUGGAAAUCAUGGCUUCCGGCAAUGGCACUACGGACAUCAUAGUCUUUCCGGAGGCCACUCUAAACAGUGUGAUCACCCUGACUGCAGUGCCAAAAUCUACGGAGCAAAGUUUGUGCGAUGAGCAGGUUGGUGAUGAUCCGGAGAUAGCAACAUUCCUGAGAUCUUUGGCCUGUGCGGCCAGGGAAUAUGGCACCUAUCUGGUGGUCAAUGUUAAGGAGCGGGUUGCAGAGCAUUGCACUGCGGAUGAGACAUGCUCCAGUCGCGGCUAUUCGAUUCAUAACACCAAUGUUGUGUUCGACAGACGAGGAGCGGUGGUAUCGCGCUAUAGGAAGUGGAAUCUUUACCUAGAACCAUCCACCAAUCGAACGGAAUCCCCUGAAAUAGCCACCUUUACAACGGAUUUCAAUGUGACCUUCGGUCAUUUCAUCUGCUUCGACAUGCUCUUCUAUACGCCGGCUCAGGACUUGGUGGAGCAACUGGGCAUCCGCCAUGUGAUUGUCACCAAAAUGUUCAACUCGGAGCUGCCCUUCCUCACAGCCUCCCAAUUCCAGCAGGGAUGGGCGUGGGCCAAUCGGGUGAACCUCCUGGCCUCCGGAGCAAGUCUUCCGCAGGGUGGCAUAAGUGGCAGUGGAAUUUACGCAAGUCAACAGGGCGCUCUGGCGCGACUCAUGAUCUCGGAUGAACUGGAGGGCCAGAGGAAGUUGCUUCUGGCUAAAGUUCCCCUCGAUCCCGACGAGCCGAUAGCCACGGAUGAGAUUUUGGAGCCGGAAAGGACGACUCCUGUGAAACUGAAACUCCUGCAGCAACCAGAACUUAAGACCUUUGCCACCUGGGAGUUGCCCAUGGUCCAGGGAAGUUCGGUGGAAAAGAGGAUAUGCCAGGAGGACUUGUGCUGCGAGUUCCGGGCCACUUGGACCCUGGUGGGCACCCAACAGGAAUAUAACUACAGAUUGGGUGUUUGGGUUGGCCAGAGGCGGUACGAGGAGGAGCAGUACAGUGCCAUCCGGCUGUGCGGUCUGUUCGCCUGCACAGGUUCCACUGUGGAGAGUUGCGGCCUGGUCAGCGAGGAACAGGAACACCUGCAGGAGCACCAAGUGGUGUUCACCAAGCUGCAGAUCCUUGGGGAGUUCGUGCGGCGACCACGACGUCUUUUAAUGCCCAGCACCUUGAGCUCCUCCAGUCUGUAUGCCCUGCAACCAUCGCAACUAACGUGGUCCAUGGAGGAAUUGGAUAAUGUAACGCGGAUUAAGAUGGAGCUGCUAAAACCUCAUGGCCAGCUAAUGACCUUCGCCAUAUAUGGCAACUAUUUCGAUGAGUAUGCGAAUGGUGGAGCUGGAAGAUUGGGAACCCAGCUGUUUCUUCUAAUUACGCCGCUAAUUAUGAAGCAUCUAUUUUGGGAGUAGGUCGAUGCACACUACAUUUGUGCAGGUCAUCUUAGUUCAUUUCUAGCUUUUUGUUAACUAUUUUUAUCUUAGUCUAAGAUUUUAUGCCAAUUUGUUUUUGUUUGGAAAUAUUUAUAAUGGUGGAAAACCACCAAAUAAAAUAAUUC